AGCUUGUUUCAGCGUGGGAUUAGAUCUCAUUCCUCACACUCUUUCUUGUUUUUCCCAUGUCGAGUCAAUUGCCAUUGAUUAAUGAAUAUUGGGAGAAAAAUAGAUAAUUGGCUGGAAAAUGGAAAAAAAUGGCGUGGUUUUUAAUGGAGAUAACAAUCAUCUUAAAUUCAAUAGGAAGAAGAAUGUCCUCACGUACAAUUCAGAAGAAUCCAUAAAUGCAACCCUUCAACCCAAAACCUUUCUCUAAGAACCAAAACAACGAAAAUAUCAAAAAGCUACAGUUCUAUGAAAAAAAUCGUUGACCAACUCAAUCUCUACAAUAACUUUCUAUUAGCCCCCUCUUCGCCAAAUUCAUGUAAUCCCAGAGGCAGCAGUUAACGAUAAGAACACCGUUAUACAUAUCAUUCUCAUUAACCCCAAGAGCCAUUACAUCAGUAGACAGUAGUCUCCAUUGGAUAUACCGACAUCGUGGUGGUGCAGAGGCGGUAUAAAAAUAGACAGUCCACAAUUUUAGUCUGCCCUUCCUAGUCACUUUAGCUGGUCCAAUUUUCUGUUUUCCAACAUCUCUCCUCAAUUCACAUAUUCCACCCCCAAUACCAGAAGUAUCAAAUUCACCCCUCUCCCUCCGAGGCGUCAAUUAUUCGAUUAAAUUAUCCAAAUAAUCCUCUAAAAUUGAUCUCCGGAUUUAAAAGUUGAAUUAAAAAUUCAUUUGACAUUCAUUAGAGGUUCCCUGACAGUGCAUGGAUGACAACAGCGCCAGGCGUUACACAAAAACAGAGGAUGUCUCAAGUGCAUCGUCGUUCUCUCAGAAACGAUGUAUCGCGUGGUUCAGGGAGUACACAGUGCCAGAUGAUCCAGAUACACUCGGACCCGAAGGAAUGGAGAAAUUCUGCGAGGACAUUGCUGUAGAGCCGGAGAAUGUUGUUAUGCUUGUACUCGCUUACAAAAUGAAUGCCCGUCAAAUGGGAUUUUUCACAAUGAGUGAGUGGCUCAAAGGUUUAUCAGAGUUGCAGUGCGAUACGAUAGGUAAAAUACAACAGAAGCUAGAAUACCUGAGGAAUUUACUCAAUGAGCCACACACCUUCAAGGGAAUCUACAGAUAUGCGUAUGAUUUUGCCAGGGAUAAAGAUCAACGCAGUAUGGAUAUGGAGACAGCCCGUGUGAUGCUGCAGUUACUGCUAGGAAGACACUGGCCCUUAUUCUCCCAAUUUGCACAAUUUCUAGACCAGUCCAAGUACAAAGUUAUCAACAAAGACCAGUGGUGCAACAUUCUUGAGUUUUCACGAACUAUUAAUAAUGAUUUAUCCAACUAUGAUCUGGAUGGGGCCUGGCCAGUAAUGCUCGACGAAUUCGUCGAGUGGUUGAAAGUUCAAAGAGGCGAGGGGGCGUCUUCAACAAGUGUACGUGGCAGCUGAAAUAUCACAUCCAUCCAGUCUGUAUCUUAUUCAAAAUCAAUUCCCCCAAUUCGACAAUUUCAAUUUCUCUCAAUCACAUAUGUCAUAAAGUUGAAAAAAAUUACUUUCCAACUUUUAUUUCAUUAUUUUUCUCGCAUUAUCCACAAGUUACUUGAAUUAUCGAUUCACUGAUUGACAACAAAUUCAUCCCGAUCAUUAGCUGCAGCCUAAAAAUCGUGAAUAAUCAUGAAAAAGUGGAGCCAAAUCAAUGAUCAAAAGUUUAAAUCAUAGCUCUAACUUCUUCUGUUUUGAGUAAUCUAAUAGUCUGUAGCUUAACAAUGAAAAAAACUAGUGUUGCCGUGUAUUUCACCGAUGGUUGUGCUUAGAAAUUCGAUAUUUGGAUUAGAAAAAAAAUUGAAAAGAAGAAAAUCAGAAAGAUUAUUCUCCCUCAGCACCACAUCAAUAACUUCUUCACUCGUCUCUCGAUAUACGCAUUAAAGUAAAUAUGAUUAACCUAACCGUCCAAUUGCCGUGUAUUUCAUACUCGAUAAAUUGGAACUGUAUAAAAGAUGAAGAAUAUCAUAAUGGAAUAACAUUAACUCAGUUUUUUACGGAGUUCUAGAUGGGAUGCCUUACUUACGUUGAAGGGAUUUGUUUUGGAGGGUUGCUCGUUUUUGGGCACAAUCAUGUAAAUAACGGUGUAAUUUUACUGAUUAACUACUUGAUACUACUGAUAAUUAGUCGACUUAAUCCAUUACAUGAUUGAUAACUGUGAUUAAGUGGAAUAAAUGAAUUAAAAUCAUUUGUCGGGAGUAUUCAACUCAAUUGAAAUGUACUAAAAUGAAAAUGAUUGGUGGAAUAAUAAUUGAAUGAAAAAUCAAAUCGUUAUCCCCAGACACAAGAAGUCAAUGAGAAAAAAAAUCUAUAAUUUUUCCGCAAUUUCAUUAAAUGAAACAUUGCGGAAGGUAGAUAUUUUGAUUCUUUUGUAAUAGAUAGGAAAACUUUAGAAUUAAUUGAACUUUUAUUUCACUUAAUUGCAGUGAAUAACGAAAGCAAUAAGGUACUCAUGAAUAUCAUUGCCAAAUCAAGUUAAACGGGGCAAUCGAAUGAGAAACCUGACUCACAAUGUGAAUUCUAAGUAGUUAAAUAAAUUAAUAACAUACGUUCGAAUUACAACAAAGAAUUUUUCUUCUGUUUAGAGGUUAAGUAUUAUCGAAGUGUUUAUUAUGAAAUUGAGAGGCGACGGGUGAAUUGAGGAUAACGAGGUUUUUUGUAAGUUCAUUGAAACAUUGAUUCUCAAAAAUUGAAGUCAUCAUUGAAUUGUAUGUUUUAUUAAUUGUGGAUUUAUCAUGAAACAAUUGCAUAAUAUGGAGAGGAAUUUCCAGUUUGUGAUUAUUUCAUUUUGAGUUGAUUGUAACAUCCUCAUAGAUUAAGAAAUAUUUUGCAACAAAUCCGCUUUCCCCUGUGACGUUCUUGAUAACAAAUGUAAAUGCAUAUUUGUCAAGAUUUAAAAUUGAUUUUUAGUUUUUUUUUAAGAAAACAAACAUCUUGUUCCAUUCGUACUCAGCCAGUGCAACAAGUUUAUUCACUCCCAAAAAGUCUCGAUCUCGUUUCUCCCCAGUUAUUUAAGUUCAUACGAUGUAAGUGUGACAAGAGAAGGCAUUAAAGGCCGAAUUUUUUAAAUUGAGAAGCUGAAAAUGAGAAAAAAAAAAUGAAAAAUACCAACUCUUGAGUUGUAAAUUUUCUUGAAGAGAUAGUAGCAGGCAAUAACCUCCCUACGUAAUUUAAGUAAUAAUUUAAUAAUCCACUUGUCACUUUAAUAUGCAAUUGUUGUCUAAGGAAACAAACUUGUAGAUACACUUGUAAUUCCUAGUGAUAAUUCAGUCUUGUCUCUGUUUUGCCCACUUAUUCCCUCCCUCCAUCUUCGAUCAUCCCAGAUCAUUUUUUCAUCAGUAUUCUAACGAAUGAUAGUGUAAUAAUGUUGGAAAUUUACUGUCAAAAGCCUGCUGGUACCUUUUCAAUUCAUAAUAAUAAAAUAUAAAAUUGAUUUAGA